UUAGGAGAGUGGAAAACAGAGGAAUCCACAGCACUGUGAAGGAAGGUUGGUAUUUGGUAGUUUCAAAGCAAAUUGAAGGCCUCGCGGAAUAGUGUUGUGAUCCUGCUCUGACUCUUCGUUCGUAAAUCAUGUCAGCUUCAGGUAUCGCAGAUUCUCCAUCUUCUUUCCCUUUGGACCAUGGCCUUGUGAAGCCUUCAAUCCCUCUCGUCUCUUUUCUCGAACGCCUGCAAGAAACAGCGGUAAACACCUUCGGCAAAUCUAACGUCGACGCAAAAACCUACGUUGACGUGUCGUUGAAGUUCAACUUGUCUGAGACAGAGGAGGCAUUUGAUAAGCUUGCUAGGUCUGCUAAUGGCUCUGUACCAGCCAAGGAGUUGAAUGAUUUUAUAGAAAGAUACUUGAAUGGUGCAGAGGACGACAUGGAGCAAUGCGAACCAGAGGAUUUCGUAGAAGAGCCAGAGGGAUUCUUGCCCAAAGUUGAGCAUCCAGAGGUGAGGGCAUGGGCAUUGAAGGUCCAUUCCCUUUGGAAAAACUUGAGUCGCAGGGUAUCCAGUCGGGUCAAAAGCCAUCCCCAUUUGCAUACUCUACUUCCUUUGCCUGCUUCUUUUGUCAUUCCUGGUUCACGCUUUCGUGAGGUUUAUUACUGGGAUUCCUACUGGAUAAUCAGGGGCUUACUGGUGAGUAAAAUGUACAAGACAGCCACGGCAAUUGUGACUAAUCUCAUUUCUUUGGUUGACGAAUAUGGAUUUGUGCCUAAUGGUGCAAGAGCCUACUACACCCAUAGGAGCCAGCCUCCCCUUUUAAGUGCUAUGAUUUAUGAGAUCUACAGUACCACUGGUGAUAUAGAACUGGUCAAAAGAUCACUUCCUGCACUAAGGAAAGAGUAUGAGUUUUGGAAUUCAGAAAUACAUAGAGUGACCAUUAUGGAUCCUCAAGGUUGCACUCAUACCUUAAAUCGUUACUAUGCGAUGUGGAAUAAACCCAGGCCAGAGGGUUCAGUGAAGGACAAGGCAUUUGCUUCCAAGGUUUUGGAUGUUCCAGAAAAACAGAACUUUUACCGUGAAGUUGCUACAACUGCCGAAUCAGGGUGGGAUUUUAGCACCAGAUGGAUGAGAGAUCCGCUAGAGUUUACAUCAGUGGCUACAACUUCUGUAAUACCUGUUGAUCUAAAUGCAUAUAUUCUUGGGAUGGAACUUAAUAUUGCAUUUUUUGCAAAAGUUACCGGAGAUAAUAGCACUGCUCAUCACUUCCUGCAACUUUCUGAUAGUAGAAAGAAGGCACUUAACUCUGUUUUCUGGGACGUAAACAUGAAACAAUGGCUUGAUUACUGGCUCACAGAUAGUAUAUGCCAGGGAGUUCAAGUCUGGGAAGAUCAGCAGCAGAAUCACAGUGUAUUUGCUUCCAACUUUGUUCCUUUAUGGAUGGAACCAUUUUACUCAGAUUCUUUGAUUGUGGGGAGCGUUGUUGAAAGUCUCAAGACUUGUGGGCUUGUUCGUGCUGCUGGAGUUGCAACCUCUUUGACAAAUUCAGGACAACAGUGGGACUUCCCAAAUGGCUGGCCCCAAAUUCAACAUAUGAUAGUUGAAGGUCUGGUGAGAUCUGGGUUGAAAGAAGCAGCCUCACUGGGAGAAGAAAUUGCAAGGAGAUGGAUCACAACCAACUAUAUCGCCUACAAGAAAACAGGGGUGAUGCAUGAAAAAUAUAAUGUGGAGCAUUUUGGCGAGUUUGGAGGUGGUGGAAUAUAUGAGCCCCAGACUGGUUUUGGGUGGUCUAACGGAGUAGUGCUUGCUUUCUUGGAGGAGUUUGGAUGGCCUCGAGAUCUCCAUAUUGAGUGUUCAUCGAUUUCCUCAGAAUUUGACAACAUUGACAGUUGAAGUUGAUCGCAUAUGAUCUAUUGUAAUUGUAUUGUUUUGUUUACGCCCAUGCUAGUAGCUACUUGCAAUAUAAUUGAAGCUGAGUACAGUGUACUCUCUACUUUUGUGUUGUUCGCGGUCUUGCUGAUUUCAAUGUAGUUGAAGGUGAACAAACUACACACUUUAGUUGAUUUGAUUGUGAUGAAGUAUGGAGUAUGAAAAACAAGAAAAGUCAUUUUGAAUAAUUCAUUUUAUUACCACUUGCUUUA